CAUCUUCUUGGCCUUUUACCAUCAUGACGACCAGGUCUGCCCUCGACAAGCAACUUCUGGCAGCGCUUAAGUCUCGAGAUGAACGUCUUAUACGACGACGACUGCCGGAUCCAUCGUCGUCGGCCACAUCGACGCUCAUCGACUUCAACACCAACGACUACCUUUCCUUAGCCAAUUCACCCGUUCUGCGGCACCGUUUCCUUGAAAAAAUACAAGACGCACCAGAUGUACUGGGAUCCGGAGGCUCUAGGCUCCUCGUGAACGGGUCAGCCCACAGCGCAUUGGAAGCCAGAUUAGCAGAGUUUUUCGACUCUCCUGCCGCACUACUCUUCAACUCGGGAUUUGACGCCAACGUCGGGUUUUUCUCGUGUAUACCUCAGCUCGGAGACGUGUUGGUGUAUGACGAGUACAUACAUGCUUCAGUACACGAUGGCAUCCGUGCUUCCCGGGCCCGCGACUCGCAAUACUCUUUCCCACAUAAUUCGGUGCAAGCGUUUCGGAACUUGUUGGUGGGGCUUCGGGGUGAGCGUCCGUCCUUGGCGGUGGGUGAGAACAGUGUGUUCGUCGCUGUGGAAAGCUUGUACAGCAUGGAUGGGACCUUUGCACCCUUGCAAGAAUUUGUGGACAUCCUCGAGGAGGUAUUUCCGCAGGGCAACGGAUACCUGGUGGUGGAUGAAGCACAUUCCACAGGGAUUUAUGGUCCCCAAGGCCGAGGACGGGUAGCCAUGAUGGGAUUGGAGAGCAGAGUGUUUGCACGCCUGCAUACCUUUGGCAAGGCUCUAGCUGCAACUGGAGCUGUCCUUUUGACGACGCCUCUAAUACGAGAUUAUAUGCUCAACUACGCGCGUUCACUGAUCUAUACGACGUCCCUCAGUUUCUCAAAUAUCAUCGCGGCUGACGCGUCUUUUGACAUGCUAGUGGACGGAACAGCGCGGAUACUAUCGGAAAAUCUGAUGGACAUAUCCUGGUAUUUCACGCGAUCGCUCAGUCAACGUCUCGCGGCAAUACCUCCCGACCUCCUUUCUCUGCCUCCAAACUUGGAAGCAUCCCCCAUUAUCCCCAUCAUGACUUCGCAGCCACGACCGUUGUCUGCUUUCCUAUACGCGCGAGGGAUGAAUGCUCGUCCAAUAACUUGGCCGACAGUACCAAAGGGUAAAGAUCGAGUUAGAGUGUGUCUUCACGCGGGUAACUCGCGAGAGGACAUCGACAGACUUGUGAAUGGAAUGAUAGAUUGGGCCGAGAGUGUCCUAGUAGAGCAACGGCGAAUUAGCUCGGGAGGAUCUAAUAUGUAUUCUGAUAUGUAAUUGUAGAUGUAUAACAGAACAAGCAAAGGCACUUAGAAAAGAUGGAUUCAAGUUUACA